AGUCCAUAUUCACUGUGGGAGGAGGCCACACGAGCAGGUGAGAGAGGGAGAAAAAACUCGAGAGGGAAGGACAAGUCUUCUGCCGCCGCUGCACUUGAGCACGCACACGCGGCAUGGGAGGACCAAGCUCCAGAUCCUUUUAAAACGCUGUACUUUUUGUCUGUUCAUUCUAUUUUACUUUUAUUUUUGCCACUCUUGGCAGCGUGCACGCGCUAAAACGCACCGUCUGGAACAUUGUUUAUAUUUUGUAUUGCUGGAACUAUUGUUUGGACCCUGUGUCGCAAGGCGGAUCAUUGCUUGCCGCGGCUUGGAUUGAGGAAUUGUCAGAGACAGUCUAGCGCAGAAUGGGAGUUAAAUUGACAAGUCGCUCGUGGCGUGGAACAACGCGUGGAUCUUUUAGAAGGUAAAACGCUCAACGACCUGAGCGCGCGCACGGCUGGGAUUAAUUGUAUUUUUUAAUGGAUGUUCUUCUAUCACAAUCAUUCCAAAUCCUGUAAAUUACUUCAAAGUGAUUUGAAACCGGCCCUGACAUUUGUCCUUUCCUACCAUUGUGACUUUUUUGAACAAAAAUAUUUUGGAGGAAAAAACUGCUCAAUUCCUCUCAUUAAUUGCCAUAAAGCACUCACUCCAUUUAACUGCGCUGUGCUCCUUCCGAGUAAUUUAGCGCACGGAGCGCUUCCACUUCUUUUCAUUUUAUCGUGAUUAUUUUUGGGGUGUCCAAACCUGAAGAACUCCCAACGUUAUCUCCGAUCCAAUCACAUACCGGAUAAGGAUAAAACAUCAAGGAAAAGGAAAUAAAUUAUCCUCCAGGGCAACACUGGGAUUAUUGGUUUGACAUCGUCUGCGGAGAGUGGAAUACAUUUUCCGGCUCCCUGAUUGGCGCUGCGAUGAAGCUGGGACUGGAUUGUAUGUGCCAGCCGGCCUGCUGGCCUCUGGGAAGCGUGUUGGACUCCAGACAUUGCGUCUUUGCACUUACAGUCCUCACACUCCUCAUGCAGGUGGUGGUGGAGGCCAAUUCAUGGUGGUCUUUAGCGAUGAACCAGCUGCUGAUCCCAGAGGCCUACAUCAUUGGUGCCCAGCCUCUGUGCAGCCAGUUGGCAGGUCUCUCACAGGGCCAGAAGAAGCUGUGCCAGCUCUACCAGGACCACAUGCAGUACAUUGGUGAAGGUGCUAAGACGGGCAUCAGAGAAUGCCAGUACCAGUUCAGACAUCGGCGUUGGAACUGUAGCACAGUGGACAACUCUUCUGUCUUUGGACGGGUCAUGCAAAUAGGCAGCCGUGAGACAGCCUUCACCUACGCCAUCAGCGCCGCCGGGGUUGUCAACGCAGUGAGCCGUGCCUGCAGAGAGGGGGAGCUGUCCAGCUGUGGGUGCAGCCGUGCUGCCCGGCCCAAAGACCUGCCCCGAGAUUGGCUGUGGGGCGGUUGCGGAGAUAACCUCAACUAUGGCUACAGGUUCUCUAAGGAGUUUGUGGAUGCUCGUGAGCGGGAGAAGAGCUACCCCAAAGGCACACAAGACAGUGCAAGGCUUAUGAUGAAUCUUCAUAAUAAUGAGGCUGGAAGAAGAACUGUGUCUGACCUUGCCCACGUGUCCUGUAAGUGCCACGGAGUGUCGGGCUCAUGUAGCCUCAAGACCUGCUGGCUGCAGCUGGCCGACUUCCGCAAGGUGGGUGACGCGUUGAAGGAAAAGUACGACAGCGCCGCAGCCAUGAAGCUCAACUCACGCGGAAAGCUGGUGCAGAUGAACAACAAGUUCAAUCCCCCGACAAGCCAUGACCUUGUGUACAUCGAGUCCAGUCCAGACUACUGCCUUAGGAACCAAAGUACCGGCUCCCUGGGAACAGUGGGGCGUCUUUGCAACAAGACCUCAGAGGGUAUGGAUGGGUGCGAGCUAAUGUGCUGCGGUCGUGGCUAUGACCAGUUCAAGGCUCAGUUAGUGGAGCGCUGUCACUGCAAGUUCCACUGGUGCUGCUACGUCAAAUGCAAGCGCUGCACCAAAAUUGUAGACCAAUUUGUCUGCAAGUAAGACUAGAGAAGAGUUGCAGACGAUGGCGCUACAUCUGUGUGAGCCAAGGAGUUCAAGACUGAGUCAAAGGAAGAGAGAAACUAUAUAAAUUAUAUUUAUAGAGUUAAACAAUUAUGCCAUCGCAAAAAGACUUGACCCCACCCCCUCCUGCAAAAAUAAAAAUACACAUCUUCAGGAACUGAGAGUAUCCUAAAAUAUUUAUUUUGAGAUUGUUUUUAUUUUGGCCAAGCUAGUUUUUAACACGUCUAAGUGCCUGGAGAGAAUACCGCACCCCUUUUCGACAACUCGAUUAGUUCCACAAAAUGUUUUUUUUUUUUUGUGAGAUUCGUCAUUUAGAUAACAAAAUUGGAUUGUGCUUGCCAUUUUUCCGACAAAACGUAGCGUUUUAUACUUGACGCAGAGUUGACUUCAAGGUUCUGCUUUGUUGUAUGGCUGCAUUGACAGGAGAAUGCCUGUGUUGUAUGGAUGGAUGUGUUUUCACGGGCCCGUUCCCAAACCAGCUCUCACGUCCCCGAUUCCAACAUCCUCACUCUCAACAUGUGGAGUGUGAGGGGUCUCGUGGAUUUGUAUGAGGUCGUGGAGAAAAAUGGGUUCAGUCAGAGGACGGUUUGGGGGCUGAGCUAUUUAUUAAGCUGUCCCUGAAGCCUAAAUGAUCCGCAGGUGCUGUAGAGGCCCUCUUCCAUUAUGCACUUUGAUACAGAAGCUUAAACCUGUCUGUAUGUGUCUGUUGGGCUGUUUUUUUCUGCAGUGCAUCAGUUAAUAUGUCAUUAUUAUAGCCAACACUGUUUUCCAUAGUCAUUCAGAUUAUUCAUUUAUCAUAGUCUACAAUACAUAACUUGGUUUGAAUAUAUAUGGGCAAGGUUUUGAUUACAUUGGUGAAAUAGUCCAUGUUCUGUGUAUAUAGUAUGUCUAUUCAACUGAUCAAUUACUGUAUUUAUUUUCUUUAACCAGAUCCAUUAUAGCAGCAAACAUGACUUCUUUAGUUGGACACUCUAUAUGUGGAAAUCACUUUUAAAAGUCUCUCUUUUAAAUCUCUCACUCUUCUUCACGCUUUUUGUAAAGGGAAAUGCACCUUAUUUGUCCACUCACACUUUACUUCUCACUUGUGUUCAGUGCUAGUGUUUUACACAUAUUACACAUACCGGAUGCUGCCAUUCCAAUGAGCCGCAUAUCUUCUAUACCACUCAUUAGGCCACUCAUGACAAAAACUAUCUCCACCAGUCCAACUAAAUUUAUGUAUAUUUAUACGCUUACGUGUUCAACUUGAGGGUCGUUAAAUUUCAUGUUUAAUUGCAAAUAUUUUGUUACUUUUUACAAAUUGGAUUAAUGCUCUACUUUGUUUCAAUAAAUAUACAUAAAACCAGAAUAUUUACUCAUAUCUUUGGCAAGUUGUCUUUUUUGGCUUGGCACAAAUCGGUAUGACAAUAGAAAUUUUCAUUUAAAAGCAGGCUCCAUUCAUUUGGUCUCAUUUUCACUAAGAUUGACAGUCCAGCCUUUAUGAUAUGAGAGCUGCGUAGUGAGGGAGCGUUUGCUUGAGAAGCAUAAACAUCUUGAUUGUGGUUAUUAUACAAUACGCUGACGGUGGGUCAGUAAAUUGAACCAUUAAAUAUUGUAUUAUCGCAAGACUGAUUUGGGGGAGCAGGUUUGGGGAUGUCUGGAUCUUUCCUGGGCCCUGCCAAGAUGCGGCAAAGAAGACAAGAAACAAGGGAUUACACAAAAAGGGGAAGUUUGAGAAGAGCCGCAAACAAUGUGGUUAAACGAAAGUGCAGCUAAAGUACGAGGUAUUGCACUAUUAAUGAAGAUCCGAGCUACGUAAGCAGCUCCAUAUAGUGGAGGAAGGGCAAUGCGCUACGCUGCUGAUGGAGGGCGGACACUCCUCCAUGGUAACCAAAUGGGACUGUCUGUGCUUCAAUGUUUGGAAUUUAUAGUCUUGAGAAUAUAAAAAAUUUGAACGCAUAUUUGAAAGUGAUGUUUUUAUUGCAUUAAGCCACCGCAUUACCAGCCGCAGAUUUUUACAAUUGAGGUUUUGGUUUAAUAUGCCGUGGAUUUUCAGAUAAUUCAAAAUCCUUGCUUAAAAUGUGUGAAAUUUGAAUUUGUCAUGUCGCCCGUAGAUGCCAUUUGAAAUUAAGAUGCAGCAGCAACACGCAUAGCAUUUUUUGGUAGUUCCAGCGUAAUUUUACACCCACGCCAGAUACAAUUGUAACAAACGGUUAAAUCAAGGCUUCUUGCAAACCAAAAACAAUUAUCUUUUAACAUCUAUGCUCCAGCUGUUUUAUUUGAUUUAUGUAAUUGUAUAGCUGUACUCAAUACCAUGCCUAGUAAUGAUGGUAGAUCAUGGACAAUGAGUAUAAGAAGCAAACUGAGUAGAAGUGUAGGAAAACUCCUUACGAAAAGAAAAACACUGCGCACAUUACAACCUUCUGUCAACAUUGUGGUUUGAAAUGAGUGUAUCUCCGUCCAACGGCAAAAGCUCCUUGAAGUGCUUCAAGCCAGCAUGACGCCUGUAAUAUCACAACACACUCCAGGUGCGCAGUAAGCUGAUGGUGGAGGAAACCUGACACUCGCAGGUGCCCAGGUACACACUUUGCUCAGCUCCACCGCCUUUGCUUUCAAAAUGUUUGAGUGAAAAUGUGCACGGCUGUGAAAAUAUUUUUUUAUGCCUGCUCUACACAGAACAACGUUGCCUUUUGCAGAUUGUGGUCAUGGGGCAAAAGAUUGUUAUUUGGGUAUUGUACACAUAAUUUUACUUCACCGCAACUGUACGCACACAUUCACAUAACAAGAGAAUGUUAUAAUUUGGAACUUCUUAACACAGGGCAAUUUAUCUAAAAAGGCCUACACUUUGUAUAUAUUGUAUGUGGUUCUUAUGCAUUAAGUUCUAGUUUUCCACUCAACUCGGUCACGUUUAGUGAAGUGGUUUCUGUCCAUUAAAUGUCAUGCUCUGUUCCUUAUUCUAUGCAAGGUUGACGUGUUAAUAUCAAAUCCAUGCUUGUGACAACAUUCACAUCUAAAUAGAAUUUCGAACCACAAAACCCUGGUUAAAACCCACACAGUUCAGGUUAGUACAUGCACACUCCACAUGAAAUGUUAAAAAAAUUCUUCAGACACAUUAAGAUUUUGCUAACAUUUAAAGGAUGACAAUGUGACAAGUUGUGUUUUCUUAAAACCAAGUCAACAUGCCUUUGCUGAGCACUGCUUCUUGAGAGGACAACGCUCUAUGACCUGUGUUCAUGUAGGGCAGUACUUCUUAAAUGGUGGGGCGCGCCUCCCCCAGGGGGUGCAGAGCGAUGCCAGGGGUGGCGCAUGUGACCUCGGGGAAAAUGCUUUUUUUUUGUUUUGCCGUGCUAGAAUACAGUGUACUUGCACAUCCACUCAGUGGGUGGCAGUGGCGCUCUCAUUUUCAGAGUGCGCGCAGUAUUUUUGAACUAAGCAAGAGCCAAGAGCACACAGAAGAGAUAUGAAGAGCUAGCCUGGUACUCCAGACUCACCGCUGUUCCAGCUAUUGAGUCUGGCCACCAUUAAGCGGAUAAAAUUUCCAGGGCGGAGCAAGCCACAGCAAACAGACAGCGGAGUGGACCAAUCAGCGACGGGCGGGACGAGGGACUUGCGCGCGGAAGUAAACAUACGAGGAGAGCGGAGUUUAUUCAACAUGGCUAGCGUGAGACAGGCUGUUGUCAAUGACUUGUGUCAAUGUGUUAUUGGUAAUUUAAAACUGAUUUUACCGUGGAUUGGAACAUAUUCUCGGCUCUCCUGUUCGUCAUCUGUGUUGUUGUGGAGACGACUUCCGACGCGGAAGAGUGACGUUGCUCGUUAAGAACACGUCACGCAAAUAAACGAAUCUGAUUUGUCGAUUGAUUUUGUACUUGCUCGAGAGGCCGUUAAUGGGCUGGGUCCCAGACUAUUCUCACAGUGUUUGAAAAACACAGGGAGAACAGUCUGGCCGUGCCAGGCAAAUGAAGAGCUAGCUGUUGGCCGUUUUCAAAAGCUGUUUUCCGGCCGGACUCACGCAGCGGCCCACUGUCUUCUCCGGUUCUCACGUGUCCACCUGAGAAGUGCCAUUUUCGGCUUGGGAUCGUCUCGACGACCCCCCUCAACUACGGUUCUCCCUCGGCCGCCGAGAGUGCGCUUUUUUUUUGGCCGUUUGCCUUUUCGCUUUGACUUUUAAUACAGUGGGAGAUGAGGAAAGACCACUGUUUACUGUGUCUAAAAAUGAUUAUAGUGGACAGCCGGAAGCCAAAUCAAUUAAGACGCCACUUAAAGACAUUAGACCUCAGUCUCAUUGAUAAGCCGCUUGAUUGUUUUUCAGCGAAAACGUGCCGAAUAUUGCCAACAAUCGUCCCGUUUUGUCAGUGUUAUAUCAGUAAACCAGUGAGAACUGUUAGCAUGCUCAGUGCAAAAUAACCCCACACCAUUGCAGAAGAGGUGAUACCGUGAGCAGCGAAAAUAGAAACUGUCCUUCUGUCCAAAGACCCUUUUGUUUUCUUUUGUUUUGUUUCUUUGGUCAAAUUUUUGGCAUAUUGUCCUCAUGUGUUAAUGUUUCUAAUCAGUUUGAGUUUGUUAUUAUUUAGUGAUUUUAUUACAUUUUAUUUUUCAGUAUGAAAUGGUCAAAAGUGUACCUUAAGUGUAUUUUUACAGUAUGGAUGUGACUUUUUUUUUUUUAAAUUCAGGCAAACUGAUAUGCGUUAAGUCUUUUCUGUUACAAACAAAACAAUGUUAAGAAAGUUAUACUUCAUUAUAGGUUGGUCUGUUACUUUUUUUCUUUAAUAGAAAAAAGGACACAAUGUUAGGCAGAGGCGUACUUACAAUAGUAAUAGACAAAUGAUACUAUUUACAGUGGCGCAGAGAGUUUGGGGGUCGCGAAACGGUUACAUCUUCCUUGGGGGGGCGUAACAGAAAAUAAUUGAGAAGCACUGUUGUAGGGGAAAACGGUUAAGAGAAACAAAUCAAUGAAAUACAUUUCCACCAGUUUUCCCAUCUGUAAUAUGAAACCUCAAACUUUUUUUUUUAAACUGUCAUAUAAUGGUGGGGUGAAUUCUUAGGUCCAUAUGAGCCUUCUUACUUACUGCUUAUGUUGCCACAUCAAAUCACAGCUACAUUGUGCACAACAAAGUGUCGUUGGCCAGAGCCACGGGACCGCCAUAAAAACACACACACUUUCUAUUGAUCUGGGCACCUUUUGCUCCGAGAUGUGAAUCCAUGAGCUGUCAGGUUCAACAGCUCUGGCAAAGCUCAGCCUUCGAAGCCAAACCUUGCAUUGCUCCAUUCCAAGGUUCUUACUGUAAAAGUCGCAUAGCUAAAAUCGGGCCAAAAUAAUUGUGCCCCGCAUUGCUCCAUUUAGAACUAUUUGGGAUUGUGGUUGUGUGUUUUAAAGAAGGGCAGGACGCCACACUGUGACGUUGCAAAUGGUCUGGAUUGGAUCAGAAAGACUGGCUGGUGCCACACAGCUGCCAGCUCUUGCUUGCUUCGCUGCCAGUUCUAUCCCAGUGUCCCCCCCCCCCCAAGAAACCACUUGCACCACAAGUUGUUUUAACAGGGCACAAAGCUGGGUGAAAAUAGGUGGGACAAAGAGUUCACAGUUUCUCAAUAUGCCAUGCCUGUGGCCUUUUUGCUUGUAUAGUGUGUAAUUGCAUAGCAUGUGCAUGCAUGGGAGGGCAAACGCAGAACAAUUGGUCUCAUAAAUAAAAUUUGCUCCAAUCAGUUCUCAUCAUUGCAAAUAUUUUCACCAGGACUCUGUUAAUCCUAUUCUAGGUCAAAACCUUUACCCCUAAACCCUCAGUUACUCCCUGAUAUACGCGACUGUUAGCGAGCACACAUGUCAGUCCAACUACAAAGCAGAAUAAAUGAUAUUGCAUGAGGUAAUUGCAAAAGAAAUGGCAACUUGCAGAAUACCCUGUGUGUGUGUGGGCGUGCAUGUAUGCGUGCACAACGAAAUAGCAGUGUUGCAGCUCAUCUCACAUUAUUGCUCACAGAUGUGCAAAGAUAAUCACAUUCAUAAGGGAGAAUUCCAAUCUGUUAUUGCAUAUUAAAUGUCUGGUCGACCGUUUUGUCAAGUGACAUUUUUCUUUCGAAGUGUGCUGUAAUUUAAAUUACAGAACUUGGAUGACCAAGGUAAACAUUCACAGUUGCGUGUUCUCAACCUUUGGACACAUGAUCUUCUCUUCUCAUACAAUAGAAUGGACGGGAUUUAUUGGCUUUUUUAAUGCUUACUUAACAACACACAGCUAAGAAAAAAUAUUUAACAUUUUUACAAUAAAAUGUUUUUCUCCUUGCAAUGGCAUACAGUGGUGGUCAAAAGUAUUGGCACCCCUGCAAUUCUCCCAGAAAAUAAUUGCAAUUACAAAUGCUUCGAUAGUAAUAGCUUCAUUUUUUGCUUGCAAUGAAAAAACACAAAACAAAUCGUUAUCAUUUUAUACAAAACUCCAAAAAUGGGCCGGACAAAAGUAUUGGCACCCUCAGCUUAAUACUUGGUAGCACAACCUUUAGACAAAAUAACUGCAAACAACCGCUUCCGGUAUCCGUCAAUGAGUUUCUUACAAUGGUCUGCUGGAAUUUUAGACCAUUCUUCUUUGGCCAACUGCUCCAGGUCUCUCAGAUUUGUAGGGUGCCUUCUCCAAACUGCCAUUUUCAGGUCUCUCAAUAGGUGUUCAAUGGGAUUCAGGUCUGGACUCUUUGUUGGCCACAUUAGAAGCCUCCAGUGCUUUCUCUCAAACCAUUUCCUAGUGCUUUUUGAAGUGUGUUUUGGGUCAUUGUCCUGCUGGAAGACCCAUGAGAGAGAGAGAGACCCAGCUUUCUCACACUGGGCCCUACAUUAUGCAGCAAAAUUUGUUGGUAGUCUUCAGACUUCAUAAUGCACACGGUCAAGCAGUCCAGGGACAGAGGCGGCAAAGCAACCUCAAAACAUCAGGGAACCACCGCCAUGUUUGACUAUGGGGACCGUGUUCUUUUCUUUGAAGGCCUCAUUUUUUUCCUGUAUGACCCAGUUUAGGAAGUGGUACAAGCACAUGGUUUUCACUGGGUAUAGGGAAGAGGAAGGGGUUAAAUUAUAGGGGGGUUUCACAUAUCUGUUAUGAGCUAAGUCCUGUUUAUUUUUGUUUAUCUUGAAUCUUAUGUAUAUGGUUAUUUAGUUUAUUUCAUUGUUAAUAUGAGGACUUGUUACAUAGGGCGGACAUAUAUAAUUAAGGAAUAGAAAUUGGGGGUAGGUUUUAAUAAGCAAAUGCUUCAUCCUACUCCUUCUUGGACACAAUGAAUAAAUUCUGAUCUUGUUUAUUAUUAUCAUUAUUGUCUUAACUAUUGUUUCUGUUAUCUCGAGAAUAUCAUUGGUUCUGUCUGAUUUAAAAAAAAAAAAAAAAAAAAUCAUUUUGUUUUUCGUUUUUUUUUUGUCUAUUAUUUUUAUUUUUUUCCUCAUGUCCAAAUAAAGCAUUCAUUCAUUCAUUCAUUCAAACUCUAUGUUGAUGUCUUUUCCCGAAAAGCUCUACUUUUGUCUCCUCUGACCAGAGGAAAUUCUUCCAAAACAUUUUUGGCCUUCUCAGAUAAGUGACUUGGCAAACUCCAACCUGGCUUUUGUAUGUCUCUGAGUCAGAAGUGGGGUCUUCCUGGGUAUCCUACUAUAGAGUCCCUUUUCAUUCAGACUGACGGAUAGUACGGGUUGACACUGUUGUACCCUUGGACUGCAGGACAGCUUUAACUUGUUUGGAUGUUAGUCGAGGUUAUUUAUCCACCGUCCACGCAAUCUUUCGUUGAAAUAUCUCGACAAUUUUUCUUUUCAGUCCACAUCUAGGGAGGUUAGCCAAAGUGCCAUGGGCUUUACACUUAUUGGUGACACUGCGCAUGGUAGACACAGGAAUAUUCAGGUCUUUGGAGAUGGACUUGUAGCCUUGAGAUUGCCCAUGCUUCCUCACAAUUUUGCUUCUCAAGUCCUCAGACAGUUCUUUGGACUUCUUUAGACUUUUUUAUAUACAGGCAAGUAACAGACGCUGUUAAUUACACAAAUUAGACAAGAUUCACAUGAUUUUUCAAAGGGUGCCAAUACUUUUGUCUAGCCCAUUUUUGGAGUUUUCUGUAAAAUGAUAAUGAUUUCAUUUUUUCCAUUCUCUUUUGUGUUUUUUCAUCGUAAGCAAAAUAAAUGAAGAUAUUACUACCAAAGCAUUUGUAAUUGCAAUCAUUUUCUGGGAGAAAUUGAGCAUUAUCUAACAGAAUUGCAGGAGUGCCAAUACUUUUGGCCAGCACUGUAGUUCCAUUUGAUUACAUACGUACGUGUUGUAUGAAAACUGCACUUUGUUUCCCCUUUUAUGUUCACUUAUUCAUUAUGAUGUUGACAAAGCUUGUUUGGUUUUGUUGUGGUUUGCCAUGAGAUUCUCUCAUUCAUGUACUGUAUGCACAGAAGUACGUAUAUGCCAAGUCAGAAUGAGUAAAUGAUCAUUUCAUUCUUUGAAACCUUGAUCUAUUAUAUCUAAAUUGGAUCCUGUGCCCAGUUAUGGUUAAAUAUUGUUUAGACAAGUAGUUAUUGAACUUCCGUUUCCAUCCAGAUAGUGCCAUUUAAAUACUAACCACAGUUUACAGCCUGAGAUUAAGUAAUUCCCAAAGCUAAAAGAUAAAUUGCCAAAUUAUUUCGUAAACAUUUCUCAACAAGCUGUUAAAGUAUGAAAAAUUGGAACUCAAUUUUAAAACAUCUGAUUAACAGGAUCAUCCAUCCAUUCGUGAACUGUCAAUCAUGUUAUGGAUAAAAGGAGCAUGUUGGAGAUGAAAGGAAGAGUACAUAGAGAAAACAACCAUUCACACCUUUGGUCUUUGUGUACAGGAUCAAAUAUUUGUAUUUAAAAAAAGAUUAAUAGAAGGCUGAGCAAUCCCACCACUGUAAAUAAUGCAGGUUAGUGGCUUUUAAUUAGAAGAAAAGCAUCACUGUCAUUGCAAUGGUGACUCCAGUUCACCUAAUUUUAACUUCAGAUCUUACAUACAUAACAACGUAACAGAACAAUGGUAGUGGUGGAAAAUAUUUCAAGAUGAUAAAAUGAUGAUUUAACACAUCCAAAAGUUGUGCACAAGCACUGUACAACCAUUGUUUUCGUUUGCUUUUGACAGGGGUCUUUGUACAAUGAAAUAUUCAGGCAUCCUCUUGACCUUGAUUGAUAAGGCUCUUCCAAUAUCAAAAUGCAACUUUAAUCACUUUAGCCUCAGUUGCACAGAAUCCCAAAAGUAAAUUCGACUACACAAUCAAAAGAGUACCUUUGGAAAAUUGCAAAUAACGUAGAGGAAGAGAAUGGACAGUGACUGAUGGUCUUUGGGUCUCUCAGAUGAAGUCAGUACUCACAUUAAUGAAGCAUAGCAGGGGAGUGUUGAGGUUUGGUGGGAGCUGGUGAGUUUGGCUUCUGGGCCCAGUCAAUCAGCAGCAAGCAAGCCACUGGUCAGUUCCUUUCUUAUAACAUGUAAUAAAGAUUAGAUGAUGGCAAUGACAAGAACAUCUAUCUAUAUUUCUAUUUCUGUUUAGAGUUUUCAAACAACCAUAUGGAUUUAUUGGUUUUUUUUCUGACAUGUGAAUGGUGCUCCCAACAAAGAUAAUAAAUACUUC